AUGACGAAUGAGGAGCCGGUGCCGUCGACGAGCAGUGUGCUCAGUGCGACUGAGAAAAAUGUGAAGAUGUGAGUGAGCGGAGACUUGGAAAACGACGGAAAGACCUCCCGGCCAGCUGAUAAACCUUAUCACUCCUCUUCUAUCCCAUCGCUUUUUUUGUCGAGAAGACGUUGCCAAACAACGCGUUUUUGCGACGGGCAAGUGACCUUCACACUGCGAUGGUUGCUGAAGAAGGGGAACAGAAAAAAGUGAUAGUGACUGGGGGAGAAACUGCCUAGAUUGGUGAAAAACGAUAAAGAAGACACAAACACACACGAGGAAGUACAGUAGGAACAAGAAGAGAAAAUAUUUUAUUUAACACGGUUGUCAAUAAUAAAACUGAUAAGACAUUGAGUUAGAAACUCAAUUUCACUCAACUUAGGGGACAUCUCCUUGGGCACUUCCAGUGAAUACAUAAAUAGCUACUAUCAAAAGACUCACCAGAACUUUACAACUCUUGCGUCCUCGGUGUUUGCGUACUCAAGCCUACUUUCAGAAAUUUUGUCUUGAGUCUGCAAACACCGAACGGGAAUAGUGAUGCAUACCCUAAACUAAUCCCACAUUUUGCCUAUUCCAGAGUGAACGGCUCCAAAAAACGGAAAGGUCUCGACAUUGACGCCCUGUGGAGGAAGAAGUUCAAAGACGUCGAAAUAGAGAAAUCUCCAGCUGAAAAACCGCCCAAAGAAGCUGGAAAGAAGGAGGAGAGGACGGUUGAAAAGCCUGCAAAGAAAGACGAACAAGUAGACGAGGAGAAGUCGGAGAAAAGCCAGAGAGGAAACCGUGAGUUUCGAGCCUGAAAUAUCUGCAAACAUGUUGUGGGUUCUCUUAGAUCACAAGGUUAACUUGAGCAGCUGUGUGUAACCAAGGGCCUUGUGCACGAGUCCGUUCCGGCCCACUCCUCCUUUAUCUCUUGCUCUUCCUCUCUCACUUUUGCCCGCUCCCUCUUUCCUUUCUCGCGAGUUGCCUCUGCCCAUCCCUGGAGAAUGGGCGAGGGCAUAAAUUAGCGCCGAGUGGUCGGUUUGUCUAUGCUAUACUCGGCGAGGAAGGAAGGAAGGAGAGGCGUCUGUGAAUAGAGAAGAGAGCAGGAGGAGGAGAGAAUCUCCGAAUGGGAACGGAUAGAGAAGGUGCUUCUGAUUCGCAAGGGGGCGCGACUUACAAUGACAACGAAAAGUAUUAAAAGGGAAAAGUGAGAGCUACAAACCGUGUGCCAGAUUUGAUUACAUCGGGCGGCUCAUAGCCAUAAAUCAGAUUGGCAAUGAAGAUAAACGACGCGUCGUCAACAUCAACAUCGCUUUGUGGUGGAAGGGAAUCGCGCCUGAAAAGGAGAAUUGGAAUUAAGUUGCGAAAUGUGAGAAGAAAAGAGUGAGAGAGACGGAAAAAUAAUAGAAAUAUGUUCAAAGAAUGAGAAGUGCAUGAGAAGUUCCCACGAUUCAUAAGGAAAACAUGAAGAGAUUGACAUGGGACAGGGCUGGGCAACUGCGCAUGCAAUAUUCUGAUCGUUCCCAAACUUUGCUCGAUUAUCACUUUUGAUUUGGAGUUUCAGAAGUUUGAACGUUUUUUCAGACCGAUUGGAUUAUCUAAUCUGGAGAUCAAGCCCGGGCUUUCCGCACGUGCUUUCAGACCCAGUAGCUAAUCCAAUCGGUCUGAAACUCGGUCCCAAGGUAGUUAAAUUCAUGGGUCCGAUCGGAUUUUUUGCAACUGGAUCAAAAAGACAGACCCAGGUGCCCAGUUCUGACGUGCGAGUUGAAUAAGAUUCACACAUUUUGGGACCCUCGACGUUUCGGAACCCGACAUUCUGAAACCGCGACGUUUCGCAACUAACGUGAAUUACUUAGCGAUAACGUUCACGUGUGUAUCGAGACGUCGAGUUGCGAAAUGUCGGAGAGCAACAUUUUGGAGGGUCGAAUCGUUUGAAGAUGCCUACGGUACUUUUGAAAUUGUCGUGAACAGCGGACUCCUCAUUUGUAACGAUUAGUCAAGCGUUACAAGAAAUAAUGCAACUAAUUUCGGGCGGUAGAUAACAGAUAGAGAUGCUAUUAUCAGGUCCGCAAAAGUUUCUUUAAUAUUCUUACUGAGGAUCUUGUUAGAUAUCACAAAAAAGUUCGAAAGAUUGUCUAAAGCUGCUAAUUAAGUUUGAACUGAACAAAAUGUCAUCAUAGUCUCAGCUGCACAUGGGAAAUGCGAUGAAAACGUUGAGAAAUAUAUCAAAACAGAGCAAAACGGGCGGGCCAAUUACGGGGCCAGUUAGAGCCUGGGGGAGGGACGGAUUGAUAACAGAAGCCAAGGGAGGUUACCAUGGAAACGGCGAAUAAUAGAAAGAAAACCCGCAGGAAAUAGACGAAGUCCGCCCGGAGAGCACCUUUCUGCCAUUGCCCAUUCCAUUUAUCUAUCAGUCGCUUUGCAGGACCACUUCACGAGAGCCGUCAGUAACAAAAAGUACACGGACACUGAGAAAACGGCCUGAGAAGAAAACGGAAGAAAACGGAACGAAAAAGAUGGACGAGACGACGGAGGAUGUGAAGACGAAUGCAAAGGUUCCCAAAAAGGUGAGAAUUCUCAAUGAUAUGAUUGAAAUGGGAACGUAUCUCAGGCCGCUCCGUCAUUUCAAUGUGCAGCCAUAACCGAUGGGACCGUCAAUGGUGGUAAGUGAAAGAAACCUCGUCAAGCACCUGGCGACACGGAGAAAGAAAUCAAGAGGGGGGCAGAGACCACUGUAUUAUGAGUAAUUGCACGUUGACAUUCGUAUGUUAUCCGCUCGCUAUUCCCUCCGGAUGGACAUUACUAAUAACGAAGCGAGCCCGAAACGGAUAGAACAAAGGAAAUGAGGAGGCGAAAGGAAUCGGGGUAUAUGUAAUCAGCGUGCGCGUGAGAGAAAGAGUGAUAAUGGCGGCAGCCCGACGCUGUUGAAGAGUACUCGCGAGCGAAACCGUCGAAGAAGAAGAAGAAGAAGAAGUGAAAGGCACACGCCUGACUGACGGCUUCUCUUUCGCACGUUGUGGGGCUCCCACCUACUGCUAUUACUGAUUAUGGCGGCCAACAUCUACAUUGAAGAUGAUAUUCAUAUUCACGAGUUUCAAGUAGUGUUUGAUUGUGAGUUUAAAGCUUCUGGUGAGUGUUGUGCGCUUCGACGGAAACAUCUAAUCUAGACUAACCGACAAUUUUAUUCUCAUUGUACUCACCUCACCCGGUCGUUCGAAAAGAAUCCGAUGAGAGAAAGACGGAGAGUAGGCAGAACUGACGAUUAGCAGCGAGAUUAAUAAGAAUAAACGGGAGGAAAGGUUCCGAGAUUAACCGGGCCACCUGCACCUGCCUCCGAAUGAAAUUCAGAAGCGAAUAGUAGUAGAGCCGAUGAUUGCUCUCCUUUUCCGCCAAGGUAAUGGCCUUUCAGGGGGGGCCACACACCUGCCCCCGACUCGGCCGCCAUUGACUCCUCUUUCCGGGUCACUUUUAUUUUCAUUUCGAAAACGGAAGGAGGAUUUUUGGGAGGCGGAGAAGGGAGAAGGAGGCCCGACGGCCACAAAUUCAUAAUCAGGUCUCGGUCCCGUCGGACAGUGGCUUCCUUACACCUGCCUCCUCGAUCCGUCCCACCCUCCUCCUCUUCCUUCGUUUCCCCAUUUAGGUACGGGCGGGCGGAGCUAACGAGCUUCACCUUAAAUCAGGCAUAAGCUGCCGUCUAAUUGGUGCGUGUGCGUGCGUGUCUUUGACCCCCUCUGUGUCUGUUCGAACCCCCACCUAUCCCCCUCUUAUUCAUCAUAAUCUACGGCUUCCGUCCCUCAUGAUCAUCUUCGAUUCAGCCGGCAGAAGAUCGUCUGCAAUGAUUGUGGACCCGUCGAAGAUAACCCUUAACGACACGUUCGGAGAUGAGUCGCAAGAAGGUAAGCGUGCAGUGAACCUAACAAUAAUACGUUUAUGUGAUUUUAUAAAUGGGCUUUUGAAAUGAUUGUAGGCUUUGUUCGAGGCCGAGCAAGCUUUUGUGCCUCUUCUCUGCUUUUUCUCUAACCGAUUCAAUAUGUUUUGGUGGCUCAAUUACAGUCCCAAUUUCCCCUCUCUCUCUGUGUAAGCGUGUACUAAUCUGGCCAGCGGCUCGCGGAGCCCGUUCUCUCCCGCUUCGCUCGCCUAUCGAUCUCUCCGUCACACCUUCUAACUUUCGCUUAUCACUCCUUCUCGGCAGCCUCCCUUUUUGGCCCACUCUAUUCUCACCCCCUACUAUCCCCCGCGUUUUCGGAUAUGUUGAAGUUUUGAGUCUGCUGCUUAUCCCUUAUACUUUCUAUAAUUCGAUUAGCGCCCCCCUUUUAAAAAACGAUGAUAAUGCUAGGUGAGUAAAGAGUAAAAGAGCGCGGAGAGCAAUUAGAGGGAAAAGCUUUUGUUGUGCUCUUUACCUCAUUUACGAGCACCGACAUUCAUAUCGGCCAAGCGGCUGUCUCUUAUGCCACAAAAGCUUCGUCUCAUUAUGGGUCCGUAAUUACUGGGGUGCCGACUAUGAGCACAGGGAGGGCCAGACACCUGAGAUUCCGGAAUUAACCUAGAGCCAAAACAAUGAGAUGAUGGUCCCCCGUAUUUCAUGAAUGUUUCAUGUGCACUUAGGGUUUUGAAAACAGAGAGAACAAUGAAUAGAUUUCCGAAUCCUACACCUGAAUUUACAGAAAUGGAAGUAAUGAGCCCGCUGGAUGACGAAACCCAAGUGGAAUACGAGCAAUACGCUGGAGAAUACCCACAAAAGUAAGUUCGGAGAAAAUGGACAUACCGUUCGGAAUAGGGGCAACAGAGGGAAUCCGUAUCUCUGUGAAGGUCUGGCUACCGGCAGCGAAAGCAAUAAAAAUGAAGAGGAGGGCAUGUGAAGUGACUCGAGGGCAGAGUUGUCUCGAGUUGAAGUGAGUGGUGGCGUGAAGGAGGAAACGACCAUCUCCAAGGUGACACGAGAUGGCCGCCGCACUGGAGACUACGACAACGGUUCCCAGGGGUUACGCGCGGGCAGAAGAGGACCAGCUGGCACGGAGACGUCGCCGCCGCAUCAGCCGACCGCGACAACAUCAUUUGAUAAUCAGUUAAAGUGAGCGAGAGAGAGACAGCGCCACGCGCCUGGCAACGGUGGCGAUGGAAACGCGGCCGAGAUGGCGGCGGCGACGGAAAGAAUGACGGACUCUGGAGGUAGUACGAGCAGAUUUCCAUGUGUAUCAGAGCUAGUCAUGGAAACAGAGAGUAAACGUGUGAUGGAAUUGGAAAUGCGGGUGAACUGAAUGGGCCUUGAAGUUCGGAGGCCUUGAGCUUUAAGAUGAACUAAUUAGUCCAGAAGUAGGGAAGGUCACUUCUUCUGAAAUAGGGAAUCUAUAGGAGAUUUAAAAUCUAAAUAGAAACUCAAAGGCGAAGACAAGAUAAAGUGAAGAAAAAAGGCAACGCGAGGUGAAAUGCAAAGCACGCAGUUUCGGCAUGUGCCGGCAGCUCGCUCGGACGAAGGAGUAAGCGCUUAUCUCUCCGGGCAACCGUGUCUCUUUGAGCUCUACCCGACCACAUACGCUUAAUUGUCUUGGUAACCGUCCGAUCGUCUUGGUAACACGGCAGCCCGAGCUGCCGAGGAGCGAAAGCCAGCCAGGUGUAUGACGAUGAGAUCUAUUUCCCCUGCAAGCGCUGGAAAAGAGUGAUGCACUGCUUCACGAAAGUUCCUCACUUUUCGGAAGGCCCAUCCAUCCGACUCCCAGACUAAAAGUCGUCAAGCCCGUCGUAAACUAGGGAGCGCUCACUCAUAAAUCCUGUGGGCCAUUUAUACGUCGGGAAGAGGAGUCCCGAGCCCGUCCUGUAACCAUGGAGGCCUCCAUAGUUUCAACAAAAGGGGCGGACAAAAUGCCCUUUCAACACAACGGGACGGGACGGAAGAGUGUACGAAACGAGGAGCAUCUUUGCAUAGUUAAUGGUCUUUUUUGGCGUUUUGCGCGUAUUAUACAAAGCCUUUCUGUGAUUCGUGUCGUUGUGCCGCCCGCAGAUUCUCCGCAGCCGCCAUGUACCUUCCACAGUGCACUUCCAUGUACAGGUAUGAUGAAAUGUUCCGGCAACCGGCUGCUCCGGACAGCAGCCAAGACAAUGGAAACUGGGCCGGGACGGCAGUCGGGCUUCCAUUGGUUACUGUUGCUUGGUAGACUCGCCUAUUGUUUUGUAACGUGGCGACAAGGAGUUUCCGAAGACGUCGGCGCCACUCUUAUAGGCCAAGACAUUACAUCAACUAUUCUACUAUGGAAACAGGUCGUGUCCUACUGUGGCCGAUGAAUUUCUCAUCAAGGUGACGCAUCCCUUGGAGAGCGCGAGAUUGAGGGGUGCUCGGACUAGCUUGACAGGCUUCGGGAUGUCGCCAGUUGUUUCUUUCUCCAGACGGACACAUUAGAAUGUUUUGCAAAUUCGGCCACAAUGGUAAAUCGGAAACCUUCAUCCGAAUCUAUGAAAGCGUAAACACGCAGAUGGUGCCAAUUCUUAGACGGUCUCGGGACUCUCCCCCAUAAUUAUGAACCCCCGGAAACACCUGUGCUUGCUCGCACAGUACCCCGUUCCCAACAUGACUGUUUGCAGCGUGGCAACUCCCAAUGGCUCUUCAUAUGCGAUCUAUGCAGCGGACACUCCUCAAUAUCCUCAAUACUAUCAGGUGAUACCAUCGCUGCCCGCUCAAACAUCAUUCUCUUUCUCUUUCAGUAUCCGACUAUGCAGUCGUCGAGUCCACAGGACCCGGGCGCCUACCUGACCGUCCAUUCGUCGGCGCAACCUGGCGACGCGCAGUCUCCAGUCAACUCGACCAUCGACGAAGACGGUCUCUCGAACAAUCCAUCGGGACGAGCGGCCCCCGCUACGGUAAGUAUGAGAAGUAGAACCUAAUCAGAAUGAGUAGUGGGGGAGUGAGAAAAAUGAUGAUGAUAAUCCGCUCAAGAAGACUCGGAGCGCACCAAAACAUGUUGUAUCUUUCCAUCUUUCCUCUUGACUUGUCGUCGUCUCAGUAUCGUAAAGUACUUGUUUCCAUGGAGACGUCAAUUUCUAGGAUGUCAGUCAACGGAAAGAGAGAAAGAUGAGAUGUGAAUUAGAGAUUCGGGAAAGAAUAACAUGAAAGAGGCGAGAGUUAAGACGGAUUUCGAAAGAGAUAUUUUGUCGAGUAGAUACAAAGUAAGAAGUGGUGGAAGACGAAGGAGAAGAAGUAGAGUUGGUGCAUUCAACUGAGUCAUAACGACCGGAAGUCGUGUGUCGAGCAAUUUUGAGCAGUGAAGGCCACCGAAUGGGACCUCUUUCUUUACCUUGAACAGCCACUGAAAGCACUCUCUGUUUAUUCCGAGAUUCUUUUGAAACGGCCGAGGCCCUCCUUCCCUCCGUCUUUCUUCCUUUCGACCUCAUCGUUCAUGCAAAAACGCGUUUUCUUCUUGUCUGCCCGUCCUCGAUCCCUAUAGCAACCAUCAUCAUCUUUUUCCUCACUCAUCCCGAGCUCGCGAGAGGAUGAGGAGAUAAUUUUUUGCGGGCGGCGGUCGAAGACGUGUGUGCGAAAACACAUCUCAUGACUAUAAUGAGCUCGAUUUCGCUUGAGAUUGAGCUUGACGAGCUGCCUCCAGAAUCCAAAUCUCAUGUGAGUACAAUUUCACGGGGAUUGGAAAUCAAAACAAUGUUUUCUCAAUCACUUUGUCUUCAGAUACAAUGGCUGCUUGACAAUUACGAGACGGCCGAAGGAUCUUCUCUUCCGAGGUGCCAGCUCUACGAUCACUACAGAAAGUGAGUUGACUUGAUUAUUUAUUCAAACUCUUCAAAUUGUUUUCUACAGACAUUGCGAUGAAAACCGCAUGGAGCCGGUGAAUGCGGCGUCUUUCGGAAAGCUGAUCAGAUCCGUCUUCUUGAACCUGAAGACUCGCCGACUGGGAACGCGUGGCAACUCCAAGUACCACUACUACGGUAUCCGAAUAAAAGACUCGUCGAUCCUCAACGACGUCACCCACACACCAAUGCCUCACUUUGUACCUCAAAUGACUCAAAGAGACGCCUACGCAGACACUGUGAACCAGGUGGCAGCUGCCAAAUACUUGCACGAGGAGCCGCCGAUGAAGAAGGGUCGCAAGGACAUGUCUUCCAGCUCGUCGUCCUGCAGAGAGUGAGUGUUCUGACUAUGAGUACUGUCUGUUAUUAUCAAUCCGUUCAGAAGCACCUCUCCGUCGGAGCUUCGCAUCCAGCCGUCUCUGCAUCAGACCACUUCGAUGGGAGUCCUUCCGCAUCCGAUACUCGCUCAGCCGCUCGUCGGAGUCUAUGUAUUCACUGAAAGCGAUAAAGCCGCUCUGGGAAAUCUCGAUAUGCCAAAAAUACCGUUCGACAAUCUGGAGAGUUUUGUGGACAGCAUUGAGUAAGACUAAAAAACCUUUCUGCCAAAUAGUAAAUCAACGUUUUCAGGUAUCGCAAACUCGGAUUGGCUUCUGAAGUUCUAGGUUCUUUUGUCGAAUCCUACUCGUUCAUGUGCGCACAAAUUCUGGAUCUUGUGAAAAAUGUCGACUUUGCCGCCGUCGAAGACAUCUGGUGUAACUUUUAUUCCGGAAUGUAUGGGGCGACCGAAGAGGAAAUCGUGUCUCUGUGCACUCUCCAACGAGUCCAAGAGCACGUCAUCGAAGUGGAUCUUGCAUUGUAUCAAACCAUGGUGGACACGCUCAUUCCGAAUGUCAUCCUCACGGAGCUCACCGCCGGAAUGACCCAGUCCUGCCGAACAUUUGCCAAGAACAUCGACAAGUAUAUGCUGAAAAGUGUGGAGAACCGGUUGGAUCCGGCGUUUGUCAAGAAAAAGACACAGGCGCUCCACUACAUGCAACAGGGUCUCAAGAGAUACACUUCGCUGAAUCAUCUGGCUCACGCCGCCCGCGGAGUUCUCCAGAAGCCGGAGCAAGUGGCUCAGAUGGCCAUCGACUACGGUAAGGUCGAUAUAAAUGCGGUGCACCGCCAAGCCGGAUGGAUCUGUGGAUGCGACUUCACUCUUGUCGAGUACGUGAACACUUCCUUCAAAGGUCAUCUCGAGGUGAUGAGCACGAUGGAGGCGUGGGCGGAAUGGCUCGAGAGCAUUGUGGAUCAGAUUCUCGCAAAUUCCACGACAAGCCGGUGAGCAUGGUGGAGACGAUUGGCAAGCAAUUCCUGCUCAAUUGGAGCUUCUACACGUCCACCAUCAUCCGGGAUCUGACUCUUCGAUCCGCCAUGUCGUUCGGGUCUUUCACUCUCAUCCGAUUGCUCGCCGACGACUACAUGUACUACUUGAUCGAGGCCAAAAUCGCCAAGGUAAGCAUUAAAUCAAUGUAUUUCAAUUGUAAAAUAGAGAGAUUAUAGGCUGGAAGGAAGCAACUGAUAACGGUGAUCCGGCAAGAAAGGGACUACGCAAUGCUGAGAAACAAUGGAGAGUACAUACAACCGGAGGAUCCACAAGAAGAGCUCCACUAA